GCUGAAGCUGUUGUGGAUCAAAAUUGCUAUACACCGCGGCGGCGUGGAUACCUAUCCCAGCUGUGAAUUCGAAAGGCUGUGAAUCAAAUAUUGUGGUACGACAUAGACAGCGGACGUAUACGUAUCCCUGCCACCUCAGCCCCGUUGUCGACCUUGAGUCCUUGACUAGAACGCCAUGGAUAUCUCCUCAAUCCUCCAGGGUGGAUACCAGCACCCCCUGUCACGCUCAUGGCAGGGCCGCAGGCAGCUCACAAAGUCCAUGUUCAUGUACCCCAUCUUCAUCACUGAUGAUCCAGAUGCCAGCGUCCUCAUCUCCUCACUGCCUGUUCAACGCCGCUGGGGUGUCAACAAGCUCGAGUCCUUCCUCGGCCCAUUGGUGAAGAAAGGACUGAAAAGUGUCAUCCUCUUUGGUGUACCUUUCAAUUGUGAAAAGGAUGGCCGUGGCACCCCAGCAGACGAUCCAUCUGGCCCCGUCAUCCAAGCUAUCAAAAAGAUCAGACUAUUAUUCCCGUCAUUGUACAUCGCCUGCGAUGUAUGUCUAUGCGAGUACACCUCACACGGGCACUGCGGUCUGCUGCAUGCUGACGGCACCAUCAACACCAAGCCCUCCGUCCUACGUCUCGCAGAAGUGUCCGUUAACUACGCCAAAGCUGGUGCCCAUUGUGUAGCUCCGAGCGACAUGAUGGACGGGCGCAUCAAGGCCAUCAAACAAGCUCUCAUUGACGCUGACUUGGCCAGCAAAUGCACCCUUAUGAGCUAUUCAGCCAAGUUCGCGAGCGCAUUGUAUGGCCCCUUCCGCGAUGCCGCCGGAAGUGCACCAUCGUUUGGCGACCGCAAGUGCUACCAACUCCCUCCUACUGCCAAAGGACUCGCGCGGCGCGCAAUACAACGAGACACCGCAGAAGGCGCAGACAUCAUCAUGGUGAAACCCGCGCUUCCUUAUCUCGACAUCAUCUCGGAUGCUGCACAGCUCGCACCGGACCAUCCUCUGGCUUGCUACCAAGUCAGUGGUGAAUUCGCGAUGGUUCAUGCUGGUGCUGCUGCAGGCGUCUACGAUCUCAAAACUAUGGCAUUCGAGACUACAGAGAGCAUGGUCCGGGCAGGCGCUACCCUGAUUCUAUCUUACUUCACACCGGACUUCUUGGACUGGUUGGAGGCGUAAAAUUUCAUGGAUCAAUGCUGCAAAAGAUCGAAGGAACUAGAGUGCAUUUUUAUUAUUUGAUUAACGUGUAAACCCAACUCAUUGUAGGUGAAAUAUAUAUCUUGUCAUGCUUUGAG